UCUGGCAGCGCUGCUGCAAGCAAACAUGCAAGGCAAGUGUGAUCAGGAGUCGGAAUUCACAGCCUGGAUAAUAUCCUGAAUAUAUCUGUGAUAACCGACCUUAAAGCUACUGUGUAGUGACGACUCUCAUUUGGCGAGACAACAACACCAGGACGAUUUAAUAAGAUGCAAGAAUUCUCAGAAAGAAAAACUGAAUCUUGACAUGCUGUUACAGGGACAGCGCCAGACGUAUGAGGUCAGAUGUACCGUUACUCAAGCAGUAGCCUACCCACCAGAGGAACAGACUUUCCAGGCUAACUUAUAACUGACCGUACGGUGAUGUCUUUUAGUAUUGUCCAGAUUCUCAGAUUCAAGGUGACGAUGGCGUUGAAAGAGUUCUUCCAAGGUACGAAGAUGUUCCUCCCAGGUCUUGCUGGCAAUCACAAGGUCAUCGAGAUAUGCAAAGACAUCUUUAAGACCUCUAGUUAUCUCUGCCAUCAUGCGCUGGAACGUUGCAGGUGCAUUACAGAGUCCAAAGGGCAUUACUAAGUUCCACUAGUCAGAACAACUGGCGCCAGCUAAAAGGACAGACGGUAAUUUAAAGAAGAGAUACCGCCAGCCUUCAUCACUGUACGUGCAAAAUAGUAGGCCUAUUUAUUUUAGAUGUACAGUAGUGGACCUUGAUUUCUGAGAGACAGAAGUGGCCUUUGUUUAAUGAAAUACUGUAAUAACGGAUUUUAUUUACUAUAAGAAUAUGACAAUGAAAUAUAUUACGUUAGUCCAAUGUACAAAAGUACUGGACUUCAUUAUUGUAAAGCUGUAAUAAAUUUCUGUAAUCAAUACAGUUGUAGACUAUCACUGAAAGCAAGAAGUAACUAGAUUUGUAACUGUGGAAAAAAAAUAGUGAAAUUUAUUGCCGUAAAAAGAAAAUACUAGAUUUGACUUUUUUUAAAGCUAAGCCUUGGUAAAAAAAAAAAUACUCAUGGGUAACUCUGAUUCCCGCUGUAAACCGUGCAGAAAUUGUACUGGUAGUCACAGUAAUGUAGGAGACAAGUGUACUUGUUCUUGUAAAAAAAGAGUGACGUGUACAUGUAAAUGCAAUGUUGGUAAAGGGCAUGACAUUGCACAAAAAGUCUCUGCAGUUGUAGGAGGUACAGCUGUUGGUACAGCAGGCAUAUUAGUGACUGUGUUGACAGGUGGCGUUGCCCUCCCUAUAGUUGGAGGGAUGCUUGCAGCAACUGGAAUCAGUUCACUCAUCCAUGGAUUAGUGAAGGCAGUGAAACGUGAAAAGAUUUGUGGAAAACGCUUUGGGGCUGAUGUUGGUGUUGGAUUUGUCACUGGCGUCAUGGGGGGUGGAAGUGCAGUUGCAACAGAAUGUCUUGCUAGUGUUGCAGUAUCAAAUAUUGGUAAAGAUAUCAUCAAAAGAGGAGCAAUUAAUUUUGGGAUUCGGGCAGCCGGCGGAAUAGUGUCUUCUGUAACUAGAACAGCUGUGUGCGAAAUUGGAGAUUGUGCAAAAGGUAAUAAAAAUUGGAGAGAUUAUGGAAAUGACCCCAUGAUAUGGGUCAAAGCUAUUCUUUUCGGGGCUACAGCUGGAACAGAUUGCCAUACAUCGACUAUUUCUAAGUUACGAUUACCAGCUCAAAUUGCCGCCACUCAAAUUAAUAAAGAAAAAGAAGAGAACAAAAAAACUAAUCAGUUGCAGCAACAUUUGACUUUGCCAGAUAUUAGCUCCAAUUUCAGAUCCAGUGAAAAAAGUCAGGAGUUCAUUAUGGGGCUUCCAAAAACAACCUUGACCCCAAGCAAAGAAAUCUGGGACAAAGUAAAGGAAGACAAUGAAAAUCCAUAUGAAAUGGUCACAUUUGCUGUAAUAAUUGAGGAUCCAGAAAAUGAAGGUGUUAGGGUUUCAUACAUAUAAUAAAAUGCAGAUCAUGUAGGUUGGUGCUGGGCAGAUGCUUAACCGAAAGUAUGAAGGGAAAGGCAGUCAUACUUUCUUGAUUUUACUUUCAACUUUCAUCAAGUUGCUUUUAAUAGUUAUUCCUAUUCAAUUACUAUCGUCAAACGUGGCAUGAAGGCAUUUGCAUCAGCAACAAUCAUAUGGUAAAUUAAUUUCAUAUUAUUCAGUAAGAUAGUUAUUUUAAGUAGUGUGGAUAGCUUCUGCUGCACUAGAUAUUAUAUAGUAUUGUAGAUAUCACUUUUACCCACAUAGCAAUAUGAAUAUGCAUAUUUUGUCCUUGUUCAUUUUUGUACAAAGGACAAAGCCAUACCCAUGGGGCUGCACAUUUACAAAAAAUUGUUUCAUCACAUACCUAUGAUUACUGGAAUUAUUUGUGUGAGCACUACUAAUAUUCGUUAUGUAAUGCAGGAUGCAAACAUAAUAAAAAUAUAUGUUUCAGAUAAAAA